GUCGCCUGCGACGACCGGUCGCGGCGGCGGCUGCGCUAUCCCGUGCCGUACUCUCAUGAUGUACCAUGCUAAGAAGUUCUCUGUGCCCUUUGCACCACAAAUGGCUCAGAAUAAUGAGCAUCUAAGCAAUAUUGGAGCAUUCGGUGGGCCCAGCAUAAGCAACCCUGCUAAUCCUGUAGGCAAUGGGAAACAACGUCUAAGAUGGACCUCAGAUCUCCAUAAUCGCUUUGUGGAUGCAAUCGCACAACUUGGUGGACCAGAUAGAGCAACACCUAAAGGAGUGCUCACUGUAAUGGGUGUACCGGGGAUUACUAUUUAUCAUGUGAAGAGUCAUUUGCAGAAGUAUCGCCUUGCAAAGUACAUACCAGAAUCUCCUGCUGAAGGUUCCAAGGACGAAAAGAAAGAUUCCAGUGAUUCCCUCUCUAAUACAGAUUCUGCGCCGGGUUCACAAAUCAAUGAAGCAUUAAAGAUGCAAAUGGAGGUUCAGAAGCGGCUUCACGAACAACUCGAGGUUCAAAAGCAAUUGCAGCUGAGAAUCGAAGCCCAAGGGAAGUAUUUGCAGAUGAUCAUAGAGGAGCAGCAAAAGCUUGGUGGGUCACUUGAAGGUCCCGAUGAGAGGAAGCUUUCACAUUCACCACCAAACUUGGAUGACUACCCUGACAACAUGCAGCCUUCUCCCAAGAAACCAAGGAUGGAUGAUCUUUCAAUAGAUUCGGUCCGGGGUAUUGCACAGCCAGGGUUUGAAUCCCAUUUGAUCGGUCCGUGGGAUCAAGAAGUCUCUGCGAAGAACAUAUGUGAUCCUGCAUUCAAAGUGGAUGAGUUCAAAGUAAACCCUGGUUUGGACAAGUCAUAAAGCAAAAAAUCCUUCCUUAGCAAGGAAAUUCUUAUUAACCUCCACGAGUGACCGACCGCAUGUGAAUAUAUAUUGUCUUAACAACAGAAUGAGUGCUGCAUGGACCUCUGGAUCUGCCCCGGCCCCGUCAGGCACGACUAAGUGUUGUUGUCAUUGUAGUAUUUCGUCAUACAGCUCUUUGUAAUUAUGAGGAUGUUCUGAAGUCUCCAGUUAGCAUUUCCUUCUUUCGAAGGAAUGAGCAACCCUGAGUUUAAAACUUGUAGCGGGAAACAGAACAGGCUCUUACACGCAAUACCAAGGCCCUGAAGCUACAUGUAGCUAUCUGAUAGGAGUACAUUUCUGUUCAGCUCUGUCCUGGAAUCUGCUUAGCUUACAUUGACCCAUGUGCCGUUUAUUUAGUAUGGUUGCAGCAACAUGCUUAUCAAGCAAUCAGUUUGAUCACUGGACAA